UCUUCAAUAACACUCAACACCACGCUUUUUUUUUUCUCCUCCAUUUUUCCGAUCCAUCAAAAUUCCCAAAUUUUAUCAACUGCUAAUACUGAAAUCCCUAAUUUCCCGAUUGCAAGAACUCCUGCGAUAUCGGCUCGUGCCUAUUGUUGGCUACAAUGGCAGAGGAGAAGGACGCUACGUCGGUGCCGCUGAGUCAAAGCGUUGGCGAAGAUGAAGAAGGGCCAGAUCCCGAAGAUCCGUUAAAAUCUUCUUCUACUUCUCCCGAUUCUUCCACUCGUAGUGUUAGUGCUUGCUGUUUUGUUCUUCAAAGCUGGGUUUCAAAAAAGUUUAUGACCGGAUGCAUAGUUCUAUUCCCAGCUGCUGUUACAUUUUUUGUGACUUGGUGGUUCGUUCAAUUUGUUGAUGGUUUCUUCAGUCCUCUAUAUGAACAGCUGGGCAUUGAGAUAUUUGGACUUGGAUUUGUGACAUCAUUACUUUUUGUAUUCCUUGUUGGUGUAUUUGUUUCAUCAUGGCUGGGGGCUUCAGUGAUAUGGCUUGGAGAAUGGUUUAUAAAGCGAAUGCCAUUUGUUAGACACAUUUACUCAGCUUCCAAGCAGAUUAGCUCCGCAAUUUCUCCUGACCAAAAUACUACUGCAUUUAAGGAAGUGGCAAUUAUACGCCAUCCACGUGUGGGUGAAUAUGCAUUUGGCUUUAUCACUUCCUCAGUCGUCCUACAGAGAGAUGACGGAGAUGAAGAAUUAUGCAGUGUUUUUGUCCCUACAAAUCACUUGUACAUUGGUGAUAUAUUCUUGGUUAGUUCCAGCGAGAUUAUUAGGCCCAAUUUGUCUAUUCGUGAAGGGAUAGAAAUAAUCGUUUCUGGAGGAAUGACAAUGCCACAAAGGAUCAUGCCAAUCUCGUCAAUUGAAAGAGUUGCUCGACCAGGAGAACGGAUUCCGCUCACCAGACUUGUGUAGGCAACAGCCUACUGAUUUUGCAGUUAUAAGAACAUGGAGAUGGGUGGUCGAAUGAACAAGCAUUUGUACAAAGUAGAGGAUAAGAAAAACUACAUAUUGUGGUCUACUGUGUUUCGAUCCUAGAAGUGUGCGACAAACGUAGAGUUCAUGCCACGCUUUCGAAUUGUAAACCUUUGAAGAUGAUGAAACUGAAUGUUGUUGUGAAUCUAAUCGACUGAACAAUGGCAUGUGAAUGAUACAUUUAUGUCUGUACAUUUUUGUA